UGGAGAGGUUUGGGCUGUGCUUUGUGCUUUGCCGGGGGGGGGGGUUCGGAGAGUGACGGCGGAGGAGCAGCGGGGUCCGUUCCUAAAGGCCCGUGUGCGUGUGUCUGUGCUUGUGGGCGAACGAGACGGACAGAAGUCGUGGGACUUCUCCCUUGGAGCUUCUGUGCCGAGAAUCCGAUGUUGGGCUCGGCUACCUGGCUGAAUACAGCAGAUCAGCCCAUGAAAACUUCUAUUCCUAGCCAAAGGAAGGAGUCCAGCAAAAGGCAGCACCUACUCUUUCAGGCUUGGAAGCAGGAAAGGGGGCAAGAGUUGGAGAGUGUGGAAUCUGAGAAGACAACUGAAAGGUGACAUUUAAGUUGAAGAUGGGUGGUGGAGAAAGAUUCAACAUUCCAGUUCCCCAAUCUAGAAAUAUCACCAAGAACCAUCAACAACUUAAAAAGAGGCAGAAGAAUAAAGACCAGAAUUCACAGAUGAAGACCUAUAUGAAGAAAGAAAGAGGACAUGGAUGCAACUCAUCAUCUGGUGCAUGGCAGGCCAUGCAAAAAGGGGGAAAGAACAAUAUUCACUUCCCCAGUAAUCAAAAUUGGAGUCCUACUUUAACGAAUCGCAACCUGUUUUUCACACCUCAAACCAAUCAGAACUAUGCUGGAGCAAAAUUUAGUGAGCCACCCUCACCAAGUGUUCUUCCUAAGCCACCGAGCCACUGGGUACCUGUUUCUUUUAAACCUUCUGAUAAAGAAAUAAUGACAUUUCAGCUUAAAACAUUACUUAAAGUCCAGGCUUGAGAUGUAACGUUUCAUAUUUUUAGCUAUUUAAAUUUACAGGGUUCAAAAUUUGAGAAUUGUUAUUUGUAACUCCAGAUGCACGGGUGUACAGAACUAGCUGUUCUUGCUGCAUGUAGUCAGUCAUUUGGAAGAGAAGGGAGUGGAAGUUUACAUUCCCCUGAUGUUUUACCUCAAAAGUUGUGUGCUGUGUUCCCUUCACUGUGAAAUAGGUAUUUUCUCUAUAAUCAAUCUAAUCAAAUCCUGAACAGUCACCAUUUAUUGUAUUUAUUGUAAGAGUAAGUGGCACUGUCUCCCAAAAUUGGAAUUGUUACUUUUUGGGAUAGUGUUAGAAAACCAGCUUUUACAUAACGUAAUGUGGCAUUAACUGGAAAAAAAAAAACGCACUGAAAGCUUUAGUCGGGUAUUUUGUUGCUUUUCAAACUUGUGUAAAAUUUGCUAGUUAAGGAAAAACUCUGCAGAGCAGAUUUGCUGAGCAGAGGAGGCCUCUGCCUUGGCACUGGGUAAAGCACAUUAUUCUCUCGUGUGUACCUUUGGGCUUUAUUUGGCACUUUUGAAUUGGUGGACAAGCAUUUCAAGCCUGUGACUAAAGUUGAGAUCGAGGAAACAUAUUGGUACAUGUUCUUGAAAGGAUGGAAGAACACAUUGGGCAAAUGGUAAUUUUGUCUCUCUUCAGCUGGAGAUUGAUUGGGACCUCAGCAAGUCAGACUGUGCCAAGUAGGGACAUUUAGUUGCCAAAAAACUCUAAAAAAUCCUUUGUAUUCCGAUUGCACUGCUGAGUUCUAAAAUAUGUUUUUGUAUCAGGUUUUAAAAUUGUGAAAAAGGUGGAGUAGUUCCUUAGGCUGGUCUUAAAUUCGUUACCCUGUAAUAAUUGUUUAAAGUCACAGUAGCUUGUGGCAGGUGUUAAAAUGUUUUCAUAGGGAAGACAGAGCCAUGUAAAUAAAUGUAAAACUUUGUAGCAUAUGUAAAUUUAUGCUGGGCUUUCCUGCACAGAAGUAUUUUUAGUACAAAACUGGUGAAUGUAAGAUGACCAUGUGGAGUACAUGGCCUGAUUUUUAAAAGAAGAUAUUUUGUUUAAAAAAAGGACAUUGGUGGCUGUGCCCUUGCACUUAACAUACAGUGAAUAUGCACGUUUUACUUGGUUGUGAGCUCAUUUUUAAAGCAAACUCAGUGGAAAAGAGGCUUAUUUAGAAUUUUUUAAUAAAAUAAAAAAACCCAAAAAAAAGCUGCUGAAGUUUAAGAUACUCAUGUUCUGAAUGUAUGAGAGAGGUGUGUAUUAAAUGAGGAAAAAACCUAAGGUGUUUGAAAUCAAAUUGGAUGUUUCACAAGAAAUGCAAAUGGCUGAUAAAGCUGAAGUAUUGUAACAGCAUCUGUUUCUGAAACGACUCAGUGCUACAACAUUAUUUUGUGCCAGUAUUUGCUAGAAUUUGUCAACUUCAGCAUGGGGAUGGGGCAGGUGCCAGCAUGCAGUUUUCAGUGAUGUCACAAUUCAGUUGAUGCUAUAAUAGGAACAGCUGAACUGUGACAGCAGAAUCCAAGGUUAUUUAAAAACACAGUAAUUACUAAAAAAGUGCUUUAACUUGAAAGGGAUUGUGAAAUGUUCUUUGAGAUGUCUUUCUGUACAUUCAAAAUGCAUUGGCAGCUGGCAAUUACCUUACAAAUAAAUAGCUUACAACUCUACUGUUCCAGAUAAGAUGGAAUUGGCAGUCUUUAACCUCAGUGUCUUUGUGAGCUGGAUCUUUGCCAGCAAAUGAGCUGUAUCCCAGUUACAGUUGUGUGUACUCGACUUCAAAUUGUCAAUUGCUAACUGUACAAAUCGGAAAGAACAAAAAUUUAAAUAAACUAAAC